GUUCUGUAGUGUUUAUAAAAUAGCCCCGUUAUUUACGCGUAAUUACAACUCUGCCCUUUGUUUGUUUGAUGCGUCUGUUAAACCCUAAUUAAGGCUGUCGAGCAGAACAGAGAAAGCUUGUCCGUGUGUUUUUUUGUUGUUGUUCGUAUUCUUCUCCGAAACUCCACAUUUUUUUUUGAGAAAGUGUUGCGGAAAUGGCUACUCCCAAUCCAUUUCCCGCCGGCAUUAGCAAGGAACAGGCGUUUAGCAUGGCGCAAACGGAGAUGGAAUAUCGAGUGGAACUCUUUAACAAGCUUGCUCAGACAUGCUUUAGUAAAUGCGUGGAUAAAAGGUACAAGGAAGCUGAGUUAAACAUGGGUGAUAACAGUUGCAUUGACCGUUGUGUUUCCAAGUACUGGCAGGUAAAUGGAAUGGUUGGACAGCUUUUAAGUGCUGGCAAGCCUCCCAUGUAAGCCAGUCUAGAGGCAGUGAUAGACCAAAAGCUCAUGUAGAGACCAAAAGAAACUCUGUUCUCUCUUUUUCUAAAGUUAUAAGGCAAUCUUGUUUUUUAAUUGUCAACAAAAUUGCAUCAUAUUGUUCUCUGUGAACCCAUUAUUUCUAAAGGGGUGAACGAAAUAAUCAGUACUUUUACACUGAAAGAGAGAACAGGAGACAUUAGAUCAAUGCUCAACAGCUACAUUGUUCUCGUAUGGAAGUGUCUUAUUAUUUUUUUUCU